AUGAAAUUGAGGAUCACACCACCAUACACCCUUUCAUCUAUUACCCACUCACCAUCAUCAACAUCACUUGGGGGGGAUCUUAUACUUGAGAAAAUGUCUAAAGUGAAAACCAAUUUGGAUUUAAUCCAAUGGCUUGGGCAUGACAUGUCAAUUAAAGUUUUCUCCUAUUUGGACAAUUCUCGUGAUCUUGUUCGUGCAUCUGCUGUGUCUAGUUCUUGGAAUGAUGUUGUUAUUGAAAAUGGCCUCUGCAAGCAACUUUGCUUGAAAAAAAAGAUUCCUGAAAUAUAUGGUGUUGUUCGUACCAUUGAGGUUGACAACUUGUUUGAAAUUGUUGGCAGCACGCUGUGGUAUUAUACGGAAAAGCGAGAGCGUCUUAAUAGAAAUCAUAGAGUCUAUGCGCUACUAGCUUUUGGUCUCGUUCCUAUGAACAACUGCAUCUCAAGCCAUGUAUGA